AUGGCAUCGAGGCUACGCAAUGACCAACUCUCCAGCAGUACCGCAAUGGUAGACAAGGAUGAAAGCAAUGGUACUACGUUGCGCAAUUCCAGGAUAGGAGAUACGGCUCAUGCUAGGAGGGCAGUAACUACCGUGCCUGCCGCACGACCGAACCGGCAUGAGAGCCAAGGUUCACAGACAGCACUCGAGCAGCAGCAAUUGCUGCAGUCACCACCAACGCCUUCAUCGUCCACGGCAGGCUUCUUCCAACGAACGCCUCCACUCGGCAACCUACUCUACAACGAUGUCGCACUGCAGCGUGGUCUCGAACUCUUCACACCAUUAUCGCUCUUCAGGUCCUCUCUUCCAUCACUGGCCAAUUUUGCCUCUGCAGUCCUAUCGCCACAAAUCCUCCGCCACAUGAUCUCUGCUGAAGCUCAUCCGCCGUACGUUCAGCAUUUUAACACAUUUGGGCGCCGGAUCGAUAACCUCAUCACCAGCGAAGGCUGGCGUGGACUACAGGACUUCGGCAUCAAGGAAGGCAUGGUCGCACAGCCCUACGAGAAUGGACAGCGGGAGUACUCGAGGGUGCUGUGGGCAGCUCGCUACGUGCUAUGGGCUGGGAGUGCGUGCUGGGUGAAUUGCCCGACACUGAUGGUGGACGGGGUUGCAGCGCUGUUGAGACGGCAUCUAACGGUCGAUGCUAGCGAGAUGAGUGCGAAGCAACGUACGGUACUGCGCAGCGCAUACGAGAGGCUGGUCAGUCGGGACACAGAUAGGGCAUGGACUACAGGACAAUGGAUGACGGAGCGUCAGGGCGGCAGCGACGUCUCGAUGACAGAGACGAUUGCGACGUGGGAUCCGGAGGGCGCGGAAAUAUGUAAGACUGAAGGAAUUGUGGCGAGCGAUGGACGCGAAUUGGGUCCUUGGCGAUUGGAUGGAUUCAAGUGGUUCAGCUCGGCCACAGACGCUCAUAUGGUCGUCAUGCUGGCGAGGACGACCAAGGGUGUGAGCUUGUUCUUUGCACCCAUGAGGAGGACUUUGUUGGGCAAGAGUAGUGAGACGGAAUUGAAUGGGGUCAGAAUUCAGCGGCUGAAGAACAAGGUCGGUACCAGAGCCUUGCCGACUGCAGAGCUCGAAUUGGCAGGCAUGCGUGGGUGGCUGAUCGGAGAAGAGGGACGUGGUACGAAAGAGAUUGCAACUGUGUUGAAUAUUGCACGAGUGCAUAAUGGUCUUACCGCGAUUGGACUUUGGGGUCGAGGUCUUUCUGUUGUUCGAGCAUUCGUCAAGGUACGAAUCGUUGGUAGAAGGCCGCUGUGGGAGAGGACUGCCUACCUGAGAACGCUGAGCCGGAUGCACGUUGAGUACAGGGCCAACGUGCUUUUCAACUUCUUCGUGGCUAGUUUAUUGGGCUGCGUUGAGCAGAAGCAGGUGGCAGAGUUCGAAGGCAAGUCGCACGAUGCAAGCCUCAAGUCGACAGGUCAGCUUCACGGUGUCAAAGACGCAGAGAUGGCCGAGUGGCUGCUUCGCUUGCUUACGCCAGCAUUGAAAGGCCAUUGCUCGAAGACUGCCAUCGCGGGACUACAGGAGUGCAUGGAGUCGCUCGGUGGAGUCGGCUAUCUCGAGAACGACGACCCGCAGUUCAACAUUGCCCGCCUGUGGCGAGAUAGUGCUGUGCUGCCGAUCUGGGAGGGCACCACUGAUAUGAUGGCCGACGACACAAUCAUUCGCUGUUUUGCGGGAAAGACCAAGGAGCCGGUCAUGGCUGCGUUGUCAGAGUGGGUGGAAGAGGCCAUGACCAAGACUAAGGCGUUCGACACGGCGAGCAAUACUGUCUGGGGCUGGUGGAUCGAGCUUGCAGAAUUACUCAAGACGGGAUCGAAAGCUCAGCUUGAGUCUCAGUCACGUACAAUCAUGACGCGACUGGUGGAUGUCGUGCAGGGGAUACUGCUCAUGACCGAUGCAGCUCGGGAUGAAGAUGAGGUAGCCGUGCUCGUCAUGAACGCUUGGUUCGAGGAAAAGAAUGUCAGUGCCUUUCUGCAGAGCGGCAAUUUGUCGUUGAAGGAGCAAAGUGAGCGGGACUUGAAGAUCGUGCUUGGUGCUGAUGGACCUGGCGCCGAACAAGCAAAACUGUAA